UUUUGUUCCCGUCUGCAGUCGCAAAGCCAGCAACGCAAUUACAUAGGAGAGACACUCAGCACGACAUAGUGACUCGACAAUAUAGUGUAGACCACCCGAAUCCGCAUCGCGUUUCUUUUUGCUUUGCACAAACCGUCGAAUUUAAAAUCGUAGUUCUUACUCUGCACAUAGACGCCGUGGGAGAGGAGCGGGUUCGCACUGGGAAGGGACCGAGAAGGAUUAUUGAUGUCCAGCUCGCCGCUGUCCAAGAAGCGUCGCGUGUCAGGAACAGAGACGAAGACGGGAUCCCACUGCUCCUCCUCUAACUCUGUCAGAACUGAUCUGUCCCACACACCUGCCAACGGCAUGGCUAAGAAUGGCAAUGAUGCUGAGAUCGAUGAAGGCCUGUACUCCAGACAACUUUACGUGUUGGGCCAUGAUGCUAUGAAGCGCAUGCAGAACUCCAAUGUCCUCAUUUCUGGUAUGAGAGGUCUUGGAGUGGAAAUUGCCAAGAAUGUCAUCCUGGGAGGAGUUAGAAGUGUCACUGUGCACGACCAAGGAGUUGCAGAAUGGGGAGACCUCUCCUCACAGUUUUACCUUCGCGAAGAUGACCUGGGGAAGAACAGGGCAGAAGUAAGUCAGCCGCGCUUGGCUGAGCUCAACAACUAUGUUCCUGUGACUGCGUACACCGGUCAGCUCACCGAGGACUACCUGACCAAGUUCCAGGUGGUGGUGCUCACCAACUCAACUCUGGAGGAGCAACAGCACUUGGGGGAGUUCUGCCAUGGCAAAGGAAUAAAGUUGAUUGUGGCAGACACUCGUGGUCUGUUUGGCCAGCUUUUCUGUGACUUUGGUGAGGAGAUGAUUGUGUAUGACCCCAAUGGAGAGCAGCCACUGAGUGCCAUGAUUUCUAUGAUUACAAAGGACAAUCAAGGUGUUGUGACAUGUCUCGAUGAGGCUCGUCACGGCUUUGAGAGUGGAGACUUUGUCACCUUCACAGAGGUUCAGGGUAUGACCGAGCUUAAUGGCUGCCAGCCUGUAGAAAUCAAAGUUCUGGGUCCCUACACAUUCAGCAUUUGUGACACGACUGGCUUCACAGACUAUGUAAGAGGAGGAAUAGUCUCCCAGGUCAAGAUGCCCAAAAAGAUCACCUUUAAAUCAAUCUCUUCCUCUAUGGCUGAACCAGAGUUCUUGAUGACAGACUUUGCCAAGUUUGACCGUCCAGGGCAGCUGCAUGUGGGCUUCCAGGCUAUCCAUGCUUUCCAGAAGAAACACUCCCGGCUUCCUGCACCCUGGAGCCAGUCUGAUGGAGAUGAGCUGUUGACAUUGGCCAAGGAAUUGAACUCUGCUCAGACAGCCUCUGCAAAAGUCGAGCAGCUGGAUGAAGCGCUUAUCAAAAAGAUGUCCUUUGUUGCUGCUGGUGAUCUGGCUCCUCUCAAUGCCUUUAUAGGAGGUCUGGCAGCACAGGAAGUGAUGAAGGCAUGCACAGGAAAAUUUCUGCCAAUAAUGCAGUGGCUGUACUUUGAUGCCCUGGAGUGUCUGGCUGAAGACGAAGGGGUCAUACUAACAGAAGAAGAAUGCGCCCCUAGGAGCUGUCGUUAUGAUGGGCAGAUUGCUGUGUUUGGCUCCAAGCUGCAAGAUGUGCUCGCUAAACAGCGUUACUUCCUGGUUGGAGCUGGUGCCAUUGGCUGUGAGCUUCUGAAAAACUUUGCAAUGAUUGGUCUAGCAUGCGGGGAGGGAGAGGUCAUUGUGACAGAUAUGGACACGAUAGAGAAAUCCAACCUCAACAGACAGUUCCUCUUCAGACCUUCGGAUGUUACGAAAAUGAAGAGUGACACAGCGGCAGCAGCAGUGAAGCAGAUGAAUCCCUCCAUCAAAAUUACAGGUCACCAAAACAGAGUGGGGCCUGACACGGAGAGAGUCUAUGAUGAUGAUUUCUUUGAAAGCCUUGACGGUGUGGCCAAUGCAUUGGACAAUGUUGAUGCACGUAUGUAUAUGGAUCGGAGGUGUGUAUAUUACCGUAAACCCCUACUUGAGUCUGGUACUCUGGGUACUAAAGGCAACGUCCAGGUCGUGAUACCCUUCCUCACGGAGUCCUACAGCUCCAGCCAGGACCCACCUGAGAAAUCUAUCCCCAUUUGCACCCUCAAGAAUUUUCCCAAUGCCAUUGAGCAUACACUGCAGUGGGCUCGUGAUGAGUUUGAGGGACUAUUCAAACAGUCACCUGAAAACGCUGUGCAGUACCUCACUGAUCCAAAGUUUAUGGAGCGCACUCUUAAACUUCCUGGAGCACAGCCUGCAGAGGUGCUGGAUGCUGUUCACAAGACUCUUGUCACAGAAUGCCCCCGUAACUGGGCUGACUGUGUAGCAUGGGCGCGCAACCACUGGCAGUGCCAAUACAGCAACAACAUCCGCCAGCUACUCCACAACUUCCCCCCAGACCAGCUUACCAGCUCUGGUGCCCCAUUCUGGUCUGGCCCAAAGAGGUGUCCUCACCCUCUGGAAUUCAGCACUAGCAAUGAGCUGCACAUGGAUUAUAUAAUGGCAGGGGCCAACCUGUUUGCCCAGAUAUACAGCCUCCCGGGCAGCACUGAUCGUGUAGGUGUGGUUAAGAUCCUGCAGGAUGUCAAGGUGCCGACAUUUACUCCACGUUCAGGAGUUAAAAUCCAUGUGUCUGAUCAGGAGCUGCAAAACAGCAAUUCCUCAAUUGAUGACACCAGACUGGAGGAGCUGAAGACACAGCUGCCUACCCCAGAGGCUUUCCAGUUCAAACUAAACUCUAUUGACUUUGAGAAGGAUGAUGACACCAACUUCCACAUGGACUUCAUUGUGGCAGCAUCUAACCUCAGAGCAGAGAACUAUGACAUUCCCCCGACAGACAGGCACAAGAGCAAACUGAUAGCUGGCAAGAUCAUUCCUGCCAUUGCCACUACCACAGCUGCAGUAGUGGGUCUGGUGUGCCUGGAGCUCAUCAAGAUUGUCCAAGGACACAAGAAGCUGGAAUCAUACAAAAAUGGUUUCAUGAAUUUGGCCCUGCCUUUCUUCGGCUUCUCUGAACCCAUUGCGGCUCCAAAACACAAGUACUAUGAAAUUGACUGGACGUUGUGGGAUCGCUUCGAGGUCACCGGCCUGCAGCCCAGUGGGGAGGAAAUGACACUGCGACAGUUCUUGGACUACUUUAAAAAUGAACACAAGUUGGAGAUCACCAUGCUUUCUCAGGGAGUGUCCAUGCUCUAUUCCUUUUUUAUGCCUGCUGCCAAACUGAAAGAGAGACUGGACCUGCCGAUGACAGAGAUUGUAACCAAGGUGUCCAAAAAGAAGCUGGGCAAGCAUGUGAAAGCCCUGGUGUUUGAGCUAUGCUGUAACGACCUGUCUGAUGAAGACGUGGAAGUGCCCUAUGUCAGAUACACCAUUCGCUGAGCAUCUCACUGAACCCACCCACAGGAGGGUUGGGUUGGGUUGGCAGGGGAGGGAAACGGGGAGUGAUGUGUUGAUAUGGGGACUGGGAGUGGGUGGGUCGACCCUGGUCAGACUAUUGGAAUUGAGGGUUUUAGUGUGUUGUUUUUUUUCUUUCCUCCCCCCAUUUAAGGCCUGUGGUUUGUAUAAGCCUGUGUACAUAGCCCGAGUUAACUGACUUAAGAACACCUGUAGGUUGGGGCUCAGCUGUGGGUGUCAGUGGAGGACGUGGGCAUGUAUAAUGGACUUCCUGAUGUCCCUUUGUAGCAGAACCUCUUGAGUCAAUAUUCACUGUCCAGCUAGUGUUUCUCUAAAACAUCCUGACAUUCUCCUGUGUUUCUAACUACUCAACUGCCCUCCACUCGACAUGCCCUCUGCCGCCUCCUACCCCUCUUGUAGACCUGGGGUUUUUAUUGAUUUCUUUUUUAUAGCAAACAAGUUCAGUGAAGAUUCUAUUUUGUCCUAAGGCCAAUUCACUGCCCUCUAUUCUAACACACCAUUAAAAACCCAAAAGUACCUGGUAAAGUAAAACACAAUUUAAACUCGAGUUAGCGGCCUUGUCUGACUGGGAACUGAGCAUUUCACACUGGCAACGUAAGACGCUGGCCGGUUUUAGGCUUAUCUACACCCCACUCCCUCCCAGCGCUCCCAUCUUGGAUGGGCGCUUGCACAUGACAUCAGUUUCCUCUCUUUUUUUUUUUUUUUUUUUUUUUCUCUUUGUUAUUUUAUAUUAUUUUUGGGGGGGACGGCAAAGUUGUGGCGCACACACCUUGUAGAUGAUAACUGUCUUCUUUCUACUUAAACUCCAAAUGACAUUACAGUAUAAGAGCAAGGAAUUGAGAUGCAUCUUGAAAUGGGAGCACUUAGUGUGAUAGUGAAUAAACAUGGAAAAACAAA